UACACACGGCGAGUCUUUUCUUUUAGCCUUGGUGAUGGUGAUCACUUUAAAGGACAAAUUUUUCACUUCCCUAGGCAGACUCAGAAAAUGGCACGUGUGACAGACGGUCUAGGGACUUUCAGGUUGCAUGUGGAAAAGUCAGCGAAGCAGAAAUCAGUUCUGAUGACCUUGUCCCUGAAGCCUCGAGGGAGGGAAUUCAGCAUUGAGCAGAAGGCGGGAAUUCUGAAGCAGCAAUCACUAUGAUUCCUUGGGUGUGGAGGCUACUUCCUAGAAAUGUCACCCAUUCCUUAUCUACAUCAUCAACCAGCCAGAGAGCUGAGGCUCACCACCGGCAGCUGGAGGCCUAUGGGUACUUCUUGCCCAUCCAGACCAGGUGGCAGGACAAUGACCAGUAUGGCCACGUGAACAAUGCUGUGUACUACAGUUACUUCGACACUAUCAUCAACCACUACCUGAUCAGGUACUGUGGCCUGAAAACCAGCUUGCUGACAUCCCCCCUGGUGGGGUUCAUGGUGACCAAUCAGUGCAAGUACCACACACCCAUCAGCUUCCCUCAGAUCCCAGUGGCUGCCCUGGCUGUGGAGAAAGUGGGUCGCUCCAGUGUAUGCUACCGACUGGUUCUGUUUCCUCCUAAGCCCACCAAGGAGCUGCCUUCAGUAGAUCACCGUGACCUCACAGAUGGUUUUUUCUUAGGCCACCCUAAAUUAGCACAGUUUGACACUCUGGCAUGUACCACAGGGUCUUCAGUCCAUGUCUUUGUGAAUCCAGCCACUGGGAAACCAGAGAGCCUUCCAGAAGACUUCAGGAACAGUCUCCAGAAACUGAUGAGUCCAGCAUAGUGUGGACUAUCUAACACUGUACAUGGAAUUCAUCACGUCAUAAAAUAAAGUUUAGGUUGUUCUCUGUGCAUUUUUGUUUUUAAUUCUUUAGCAUAUAUUUUUGCCCUUAAAAUGGCUGUCAAUUCCUUAAACGAUUUUAUAACAGUCAUCUAAAGUCAUAGUGGAAUACCUCCUUGGGUCAGCCCUGUAGCCAGGUACUUUACACAAUUUAUCACACAGAGCAGCUCACAACUAUGCAAUGAGGAGGCAACAUUCUAACCCUUUUACAAGAAGUGGAUAGUAAGGUUUACAGACAGAAGCCAUUUGACUCUGUGAAACUACCAUACUCCUAA